GGAGACCCCAAGGCUUGAACACAAUAUUUAAAUAUAAUAUUAUGAAUUAAACAAAAUGUAUAUUCAGUGUAUACUAAUAUUUGUAUUUUCCUUUAUUUGUUGUGAUUCGUUUACGAUUUACAAGAAGUCGGAUCAUCAAAUAGCUGAAAGCGACUCAGUAUUUGAUCCAAACGGAGAUUUAUCAAUAAAAUGGCGAGUAAAUUACUUAAAUAAAAAAAUUCAAUUCGAAGUUAGGCUUUCGGAAAAAGCUCCGGCGGUGAAUUGGUUUGCACUGGGAUUCUCAGAUCGAGGUGAUUUCGAAAAUGCCGAUUUAUGCUUAGUUUGGACGGAUUAUAAUGAAAUUGAGCAUUUCGAGGAUAUGCACUCGGACGAAAAAGGAAAACUGUUACUCGACGCUAAUCAAAACUGCGACGCUUUUCACGUCAACGCUAAAGGUCGUUGUUUAACUUUUGAACGUUAUUUUGACACAUGCGACGACGACGAUUAUGUUAUUGAGGAUGGUACAGUACAUAUUAUCUGGGCCCGUGGUACGGAUAAGCUUUUCUCAGCGAAAGGCCUAUGUCUGAAUUGCACAUCCCCUCACGACCACGGCUUCAUACGUGUUCGACUGCUAACUCCAACUGGAAUAUCUCAAGAAAAAGCUGAAGAACUCUCCAUCACGAACAAGAACCUCAAAGUACCGACUUCUGAUACGACAUAUUGGUGCAAAGUUGUUAAACUUCCAGAAUUCGUUACGGACAAAGUGCAUCAUAUUAUCAGGUUUGAGUCUAAAAUUACAAAAGGCAAUGAAGGACUGGUGCAUCACAUGGAGGUUUUCUACUGUGACGCGAAUCCUCAGCAGGAAAUACCGCUCUACGAAGGCAACUGUUUUGCAUCGGAUCGACCAGAGACUACUAAAGUGUGCUCAAAGGUCAAAGCUGCAUGGGCCAUGGGAGCCCCACCUUUUGUAUACCCGAAGGAAGCUGGUCUACCACUUGGUGGAACAGCUGCAAACAAAUACGUCAUGCUGGAAGUACAUUAUAAUAAUCCGGAAGUCAAAGAUGACUGGAUAGACAGCUCCGGUAUCACUCUUCAUUUGACAGCUAAUAGACGACAGUAUGACGCAGCUAUCAUGGAGUUAGGCCUUGAAUAUACGGACAAAAUGGCAAUCCCAGGUGGGCAAAAAGCCUUUCCCCUCAUCGGGUAUUGUAUACCACAGUGUACUGGGGUGGGUCUUCCGAGACAAGGUAUCGUUGUAUUCGGAAGUCAACUUCACACACAUUUGACCGGUGUCGCCGUGUGGACCAGACAUUUCCGACAGGGAAUCGAACUCCCAGUUCUCAAUAGAGAUGUUCAUUAUUCAACACAUUUUCAGGAAAUAAGGAUUUUGCAUCGACCUGUAAGGGUUUUGCCGGGUGAUUAUCUAAUGACGACCUGUCUAUACGACACAAUUGGCAAGGAAAACGCAACGAUCGGUGGUCACGCAAUAACUGACGAAAUGUGCGUAAACUAUAUGCACUAUUACCCUGCCAGCGAAUUGGAAGUCUGCAAAAGCGCUGUUUCGAACGCCGCUUUAGAAAAAUAUUUCAAAUUUGAAAAAAGAUGGAACAACAUGCCUAUAUCUUAUAAAGCAUCGCCUCGUGCCAACUAUUUGUCGAUAAAACCAUGGACUCCCUUAAGAACGAAUAGCUUACAUAUGUUGUACAGUGAGUCACCUAUCUCUAUGCAGUGUAAUAAAUCUGACGGUAAUCGUUUUCAGGGUGAUUGGGAAGGAAUAGACAUACCAAAGAUCAAACUUCCUUUGAAACCAGUGCUAAGACAAUGCCCAAGUUAUUAAUAUUUAUUUCAAAUAUAAAUUCGAUAUAGAAGGAAAUAAUUAGUUAUGACGUUGUUACAAAAUAAAUAUUUAACCGUAUAAAUGUAUUUGUUAAACAAAAUUGUGUCGUCAC